AAAGUGAACUGUUACGGGAGGAGCGCAGAGAAACGUGGUCGCUUGUGGGUAGGACGUCCAGGUCAGACAUAUAUGCUCUCGGCUCUUGUUGAAGGAGAGAGAGAACAUGAAGGGGAUUCGGGGAAUAGGUCACUUGUCGAGACGGGCCUAUGUGGCUCAACAAAGCCACCCACACUUGACUGAGCCUUUGUCGGGCCUUAAGGUGUCCACGGGUGUCUGCCACACGUACCAGGAUGUACAUGUGACCAAAUUGUCGAGCGGGUUGGUGAUUGCUUCACUGGAAAAUUAUUCCCCUGCCUCUCGUAUUGGUGUGCUUGUGAGGGCUGGCAGUCGCUAUGAAACUAUGGACAGCCUGGGUGUCACACACUUGCUUCGACUGGCAAGUGGUCUGACUACCAAAGGAGCCUCUGCUUUCAGGAUCUGCCGUGGGAUUGAGGCCGUGGGAGGAAAUCUGGGUGUGACUACAACCCGGGAAACCAUGUUGUACACUGUGGACUGUUUGAGAGAUCAUAUUGACACGGUUAUGGAGUAUCUGAUCAAUGUGACCACUGCACCAGAGUUUCGGCCAUGGGAGCUGUCUGAACUCACUCCCAGGGUGAAAGUGGACAAUGCCAUCGCCAACCAGAGCCCGCAGAUUGGUGUCCUUGAGAAUCUGCAUGCUGCUGCUUACAAGAAUGCCCUCUCCAACUCCUUGUACUGUCCAGACUACAUGGUUGGCAAAAUCACCACAGACCAGAUGCACACCUUUGUUCAAAACAAUUUUACAAGUGGAAGAAUGGCUCUUGUUGGGCUUGGUGUGGACCAUGUCAUCCUCAAGCAAGUAGGAGAGCAGUUCCUUAAUAUUCGUAGUGGAACAGGCACUGUUGGGUCAAAAGCUGUGUACCAUGGAGGUGAGCUGCGGAAUCAGACAGGAGACAGCUUGGUACAUGCGGUUGUGGUGGCUGAGAGUGCAGUGGCCAGCUCAGCUGAGGCCAUGGCUUUCAGUGUGCUGCAGCACGUGCUGGGAGCAGGGCCGCGUGUCAAGAGAGGCUCCAGUUCCACCAGCAAACUGGAUCAGGCCAUCUCUAAGGCUAUAGCUCAGCCCUUUGAUGCUUCUGCAUUCAAUGCCAGUUACUCUGACUCAGGACUCUUUGGUGUAUACACCAUCUCACAGGCUGAUGCAACUGGAGAGGUGAUCAAGGCUGCUGUUGGCCAAGUUGGUGCCAUCGCACAAGGAAACCUUGCUGCAUCUGACCUCAGUAGAGCCAAAACCCAGUUGAAGGCUGAGUAUCUGAUGUCUAUUGAGAAUUCAGAAAGCCUGUUGGAAGCUAUUGGGACACAAGCAUUGACUGAGGGCACCUACCAUUCCCUGGAGGCAAUUACCCAAAAAAUUGAUGCAGUGUCUUCAAAUGAUGUUGUCAAUGCGGCAAAAAAGUUCAUGUCUGGCAAGAAGUCGAUGGCCGCCAGUGGACAUCUGGUUACCACACCAUUUCUAGAUGAAAUCUGAUUGACCACCACUGCUCUUCUAAAUUAAUUUAAUUACAAAUCAUGUCUGAAGCUUUAUUCAAAGAAGACCCAAGAAGUGGUCAUGACUCCAGUUCCAGCACCCUUGCUGUCCAGAGUAAAUGUUCGGUGUUGAGACAUUGUUUUAUGAAGUGGAGAAACAUGACAUAGAAGAAGGACUCCAUUUAAAAUGUGUAGCACAUUUAAACUAAUAAACUGUAUAUGUUCCAAGAAGUGAAA